AUGUCUGAUCAGAGAUUGUCUAGAAUCUGUAAGAAAUUACUUAUGAGAAGACUUACAGCAAAGAAGAGAACUGCACUGCUUGAAGCCAGGGACUGGCCUGGAAGAUGCAGGGAGUUGACUGCUGGCCUGAAGAUUGAAUACAGUGACAGGGCUGAGAGAAAUGAAGGCAUGAUCAUGGGCGGCGGUGCUCCUGCUUCAUCAGCUGGUAAAAAGUGA